AUGGAUGCACCCGGUCGUUCGGAUAAACCCAUCGAAUCUUCGCCUGAUGGUACAUUGGAUAUUUCAUUGAACUCCGAAAAUAUUGUUAGUUUACCGUCUAAAGAUGAAAAUCCGAAUGGCGGUCAGAAUCCAGAUAAUAAGUCACUAGAAAAUGUAAAUUCUGACGAGAACAAGGUUGCAAUGGAGCUACCUACAGAACCCGAAUCUGAUGACGCAACGGAGGUUCAAAUUGAAGUAGAGAAAACUGGAAGUGAAAUUCCAGAUGAGGUUUCUCCGGAAAUUCAUUUGGGAAGAGAAAUUGACCAAGCGCCUGAAAAUCCAGCUUUUUCUUCUGUUGUCAACCAUCCUGUUCCCAUUGAAACAUCUGAGGAUAAUAAGUCAGUUGAGGUCGUCCGUGGUCCCUAUGAGUUAGUGAAGGAAAAUCAAGGUGAAAAUGAGCAAACUGAUAUGGUCGAAAUGAUGAAAGGGGAUCUUAAACCAGAAAAGGAACAAGAUGAGCCAGCACAACCCCUAGCCAUACCACCUCCUAGUUAUCAAGCCUUUCUCCAGAGCCAAGGUGGGGUAGCGGCUGCUGAAACUCCCGAGUCUCAAACAACUGAACUACAACACCAAUCCUCGUCAAACUCUACUUCUAACCCAUUGACUUCAGUUGAACCAGUUGAAGUUGAACCGAUAGCUAAAACACUAUCGGAUGUUUCCAAAGAUAGUUCAGUACAUCAGAUAAAAUGGCUUCAAUUUGAGGGCACGAGGGUGCCUAUUAUCACCCAAAACGAAAAUGGACCAUGUCCAAUGAUUGCGAUCACCAAUGUUCUUUUGCUAAGGGGAAAAAUCUCCCUUCCAAAGGAUCAUGAAAUAGUAUCUAGUGAUUUAAUCAUUCAAACUCUGAGUGAAGAACUCUUUUCCCAAUCUACUGCUAAUUUUGAUGAAGAAACGAGAGCGAAUUAUGAAGAAAAUCUCUACUCAGUGGUUAGCAUUUUCCCCAAACUUCAAACAGGGCUUGAUAUCAACGUGCGUUUCACUGGUGUUGGUGAUUUCGAAUACACAACAGCACUGGCUGUCUUCGAUCUCUUCCGUAUUCCAAUCUUCCAUGGGUGGGUAGUGGAUCCGCAGGAUGAGAAUUUGACGAAGGUACUAAAUAACCAGACCUACAAUCAGGUUGUUGAGAUGAUUAUCGGUUACAAAACCUCUGAUGAUGCUGACCAGGUUCAUAAGGGUGAUGGGAUCGUUGAUGCUCCCUUAGUCUCUUUGUUAGCCAAACAGCGUGUGUGCCGAUGGGCAACGGACACUUUAGCUGCUACAAAUAUAGAGGUCGCCUCCGCAAUUCACCAUGUUGUGUUGAUCCUUCUUUUCCAUGCAGGUUUGUUAGCCGAAGAGUUUCUGGAGUCUACGGCCUCCCAACUAACGCUGUGUGGCUUAUGUGAAUUAAACGACCGCCUCCGGGAAGAGGAAUUGGCUGUUUUCUUCCGCAACAAUCAUUUCAAUACAAUCUACAAGAAAAAGGGCACCAUCUACGUGCUAUUAACCGAUGUGGGUUUCGUGAAUGAGUCCAACUUUGUGUGGGAGACACUGAAUAACAUCGAUGGCAACUCCCAAUUUGUCAAUUCUGAAUUUAAAGUUGUGACUGAGUCUUCCUCGUCUCUAUCUCCUUCUUGUACGUCUACUGGUGCAACGUCCCUCACUCCAUCAGCUCCCGUCUAUCCAACGCAAAUGGACUUAGCGUGA